GGCGCUGGACGUCGCCUUAUUCGGUUCUAUUGUUGCAUCGUUCCUGGGGUUCUGUCUGUUCGUUUCUCCUGCUACUUUCUUCCCCCUUCGACCCUUCCCAAGCAGCCAAGUUCCCCCUUUCUUCCUUCGGGCUGGCAAGUGCCCAUUUGGGGCCUCAGGCAGACACAGUACCUAUGCCUGCGGGAGCCUUGUUCCCCCUGGUCUCUCUUCUCUCGCGACUUGAUGUUUCAACGACGGCCCCUCGGCACUGGCCUGGGAUUCAGGAACAAUCCACACAUGCGCUGCAGUGUGGUGCUGACGUUAGGUACGGAUACGGAUACCUGCGCUCAUGGGGGCAGCCGCGGCGUGGCAAGGUAACAUCCUCAAGUUCUCGACCAUUGUUUCUCAAUGUUUCCGUGGGCGCACAGUCUGUUCAAUGUUACAUCGCAGCCAGCCGCCAUGGGCGCUGGAGUCUGGUUCAUUCGGCCAAAAUAAGAAGAAGCAAAAGAAGCACUGGAAUAUUUCCUGUCUUACCAGCGCGGCAAAGAGCCGUUCGCAUUCCAGCAAUGCGUCGCAGGCCUCCAGCGCUCCGCAUAGCACAGCGGAUUUUACCGAAUGUGCGUAAAGAUUGGCGGCUGGCAAGCAGAUACCCGUUCUGAAUUGCGGAUUCCCAAGGAGGGGUGUUCAACGGUGUUCGGACCCUGGCAUUGCCUGGGCCUCUUUUCCCCCUUGGACUCUUG